GCUUCCUCCCAGGGCCCUGCCAAUCGAACUUUACAUGGCGAGCCUAUUCUUUGAUAUUCCCUCGCCUUCAGGGUGCCUCCAAACACGGGAAAAAGAUGGAAUCUGUCCUGAUCCAACAUGAAAGAAAACGUUACCAUCAACCAACUGUCAAAGAUCUCCAACUUUUCCUGUGCAACACGGACGCUCGGUGACUAGGCUGGUCAAGGUUCUCUCUAAUGACAGAACCCAUCACAUCCAAGAUUGCGACUAGUACAUCUAUGGCCUAAUAUGGUCUCUCUGGAGAUCUCGAAAGAAUUCAAGCCCGCCUGGGUCACUGCCAUCGUCAACAGUUGGGUCCAGCGAUCUCCCGAAAUUACUAGACAACAAAUACAAAACACCAUGACAUCCGUUGGUUACGGUCGCCGUUUGUUUAUUUGCGGGUUGCCGUCCCCUUGCUUGAUUCAAUCUUGAAACAUCGUCCUCAUAUUUGCAGACAUCCCGACAUCAUGAUGCAUGAUUACAGUGAAGUUUCUCCCGUUCUACCUAUAAGAAGGGAUCCCAAUCACAAUGGCUCCUCAGACCGAGUCUCACUCCCGUUUUCACCCUUCAUCUACUUCUUUGUUUCAUCCCCUCUGUUCUGAGAACAGGUUCCUUUUUCAUCAUGCACUACUCUCGUUACUUCCGCUUCUUUGCUCUGUUGCUAUUUGUCCUCUGCCUGGCUGAAACGACGUUCUCUGCCCCGGUGAAGAAAACCACUGCUGCGAAGAAGCCUGCGACGAAGGCUCCUGCGAAGGCACCGGUACCACCCAAAGCUCCUGUGAAGCCUCCAGCAGUGCCAAAGGCUCCCGCAAAACCCCCUCCAGCACCGAAAACGCCUGCAAAGCCUCCUGCAGCGCCCCCUAAAGCCCCCGCAAAACCAUCAUCCGCACCUACGACACCUCCGGGUAGCAGACCAGGAAGCCCAGCUCCGGUUACAAAAGCUGACCCUGCUGAGGGAGGUUGUAGCAAACAGACUACGUGCGACAAGUGUGUCGCUGUCAAAGGUGCUGGCGGUAAAGCGGUGUGUGUCUUCACGGAAGCUAGCAAGUGUGUUGGUUCGUCCACUACCCCAGCUGGCAAAUUGUUCCGGACCGCUGCUGAGUGCAAGAGUUUCAACGCUCAGGCUGCCGAUACUGCCGCUGCGGAUGCAGAUCUUGUCAAGGCCGCCAAAAGCGAGUUUGCAAAGAUCAAACCCCACGUCUUCGGAACGGAGAAGGGUUUGAAGAAUACCUCCGGAAGACAUCUGGCCUCUGCAUUGCUCAGCGUUCCGGCAAACAAGAACUUGGAGAGAGCUGAAAAUGCUGCAACCGGUCUCUCGAAGUUUACCAGCAAACAAGGAAAGAUCAAGACAACCUGGGAUGAUGAUAAAGGAAAGUUCACUCAAGCUCAAGUACAAGCAAUGUGCGAGGACGCUAUCAAAUCGGUGUUGAAGCUGAAGAACGCGAAAACAUUGCCCAAAGGAACGGCGAUCACCUCGGUGUCGGUCAAGUCUCCCCUUGGCGGUAACUUGUGUAUUAGUGUGCAGGGUAACACAAGUGUUUUCCCUGGAUCUACGAGUGCCACCACCACUGCUCCGGGUCAACCUUGUACAACAGAUAGUGGGGUUUCAGACGAUGUAUGAUCAGAUCGAGUGGUGUACUUGAUAUGAGUCCACUAAUACACUAUUAUGUUGCAAAUAAUCUAUCGGACGCGGAGAAGGCGAGUAGUACUCGUAAGGCCCGCCGUUGGUAUUCAUUCUCAAUCCAUAGUAAGCUGACG